AUGUCCAAAAUAUCAAAUUUUAUAAAAAAAUAUAAUGGUAAGGAAAAUGAAAAAAUAACAGAAAAAGAUUUAAAUGAUAAUUUAGAAAUAGAUAUAUUCAGUUUAUUAAAUGAAGAUAGUUCCUAUUUAUCUGAAAGCAGUGAUGAUAGUUAUAUUGAAAAAGGUUUAAAUAAUUCCAUUUCGUUCAAUAACUGCAAUUUAACAACUUAUGAAAAAAGUGUAAAUAACAAAACAAAUGUAUUUGAAACAAAGGAAAGCAUCGUUAAUUACUCAAAUGAAAUAAACGAACAUUGUAAUAAUAAUUUAAAUGAAGUAUGUGAUAGUAAUAGUUAUUCUACAAAUGAAAGAAAUAAAAAUUAUGAUUACUCAAACGAAAAAAUUAAGUAUUUGAAUUCCCCACAUGAAAUAAAUAAGUAUGAUAAUUCAAAUAAAAUAAAUGAACAAGUCAUUGAUAAUUCGAGUAAAGCGAAUAUAAGUAAUAUAAUUUUAUCAAAAAAAUCUCACAUAUUUCAUAGUAUUAAAAUAUUAAUUCCCAAAUUUAAUGAAAUAGGUAAGUUGAAUGAUUCUGAUAAAAAAUUAUGUUUAAAUUUAAAUGAUGAUUUCUCGUCUAAAAAUAUUAAAAGAGAAAAUGAAAAAGAUGAUACUGAUCAUGACAAAUAUAUGAAAAAUAUUAUUGAUGGUUCAAAUGAUAAAUAUGAAAAUAAUGAGAAAACUGAUGAAUUAUUAUAUAUUAAUAAUAAAAAUAUAUAUAAUUUUAAGUCUUUUGAGAAAAUAGAAAAAGAUAUGAAGGAAGAAAUAAAAGAGGAAAACAUUUUAAACAAUAUAUAUAUAAAUUUUAUAACAUACGAAAAUAAAAUAAAAAAGAUUGAAAAAAAAAGAAAGAAAAAUAUGGUAAGUAGCAAAAAUGAUAUAUUAUUUGUUCAAAACAAAGUGCAAAGAGAUAUUAACAUUCAAAAAUAUAAUUCUAUAUCAGAAUUAUACAAUGAUAUUAUAGAAAGCAUAAAUUAUUUUAACGAAUUAAAAGUCAGAAAGGCUUAUUACUGUUUAAGAGAAUCUUUUAUAAAGUACUAUUGUGAUAAGAAGUUGAAAAGUUUUAUAGAAAAUGUUUUUAUCAGUGAAAUAUUAUAUAGAUACAAAAUUAUUAGAAAAAUAGAAGUAAUAUUUAAUUUAGAUGUAAAAAAAACAUGUGAAGAUUUUAUAAAUUAUUCAGUAAUUUCAAAAAGGGUAUAUAGAAAAUUAGCGUUUGAUUAUUUAAUAGAUAUAAAAGAUGUUAAUGGAAAAGUGUGCUCUAUGAAAUGUAUAAAGUGUUUAAGUAAGCAUAAUAAUAAUAUCAAGAACAUUAAAUUGGCAUCUAAUGAAAUUAUGGAAAAUCCAUUUUUAGAAAAUGCUAACUCCAAUAAAAGUUUUGAAAAAUUCACAACAGUAAGUAGUGAAACAUUCAGUGAAAAUGAAAAUAAGAAAAAAGAAAAAAAAAAAAAAAAAAGAAUAUUAAAAAAAAAAAAAAAAAGAUUAAAUAUUCCUAAUAAAUCUAUAUGCAAUAAAUAUAUUGAUUUCACACAUUUCAAUGUAGCAUUUGAUGAAGACAAUAAUGAAGUUUAUUAUUUUAUAACAAAAAAGGAGUUUAGCAUUUCAAAAAAAAUUGCUUCAACUAGUAAUAAUAAGAAAAAUACAUAUAAUGAAAAUAGAAAAGAACAAGAAAAUAAUGAUGAUGAAGGUAAAAUUAAUUUAAAUAAAUUUUUACUUAAAAAUAAAAAAUGCUGUGAUCAAAAUGAAACAUUAGAUAAUAAAAUAAUAUAUCAAAAUGAAGAAAAAAGUGACAUAAAUACAGUUAUUUAUUUUUAUGUUAAUUUAUCAAUACCUUCAAAUUUUAUAUACGUUAUUGCUUCAUUAACUGAAGUUACCUUAUUUAAAUCAUGGAUCCCUUUUUAUUCUUUUCCAUUUAAAUUUGGAAUCAGUGAAUGUAGAACAUUAAAAGAAAGAGGAUUACUUGAUAAAAUGGUUUACGCAAAAAUAGCAAUGCCAUGGAUUAUAAAAGAUAGAUAUUUAUUAGUGGAUGUAUGGAUAUGCGAAGAUUUUCAAUUCUCAAAAGGAAUAUUUUUAUAUGCUUCAAACAUUCAGAAAAAUUCUGAAAUUGCUAGAAAUUUUGUUAUUAAUACAGAUAAUUGUACAGAAAUAGAAAUGAAUGUUCACGCAUUCAUUUCUCCAAAAACAUCUGAAGAAACUUUUGUAAAAUGUUAUGUUGAAAUAUCUCCUAAUGCGAAUCUUAACAAAACCUUCAUUUCUUUUUUAACAAAUUGUAUCUCUCAUUUUAUUAAAAUAUGUAAGGAGUUUGAAUUUAAUGAAGAAUAUAAUAAUCAAAUGAAGAAAAAUAACUUUUUUUAUGAAAAAUUAAGAAGAGCAGCAGAAGAGAGUAAAAUAUAUUAA